AUGCACUCACUUUUCUCAACCUUGGUAAUUGCUCUAACUUUUGUAGCUCUUGCUCAAAGUUGCAGUGACAGCGGAUCAAAGUGAGUGGUACUGUAGUUUCAAGUGAAACAAAAUAUAUAUUUUCAGUUGUGCUAACUGGGUGAAAAAUGGAUUCUGCACUUCGUCUUCAUACACCACAGCUCAAAAAACCCAAUAUUGUGCAUCUUCCUGUAACUUGUGUUCAGGCUCCUCUGCAACAACAUCUUCUUCAUCAUCCUCGUCUUCAUGUACCGACGCGGUAACAACGUAAGAUCUUACAUUAGGAACCAAAAAAAUAUUAUAAUGACAAAUUUUCAGAUGUUCAUCGUGGAAUGCAAACGGAUUCUGUGCCAGUAGCUUCUACACAACCGCCCAAAAAACUCAAUAUUGUGCAAAGACAUGCUCAUUAUGUUCAUCUACAACCGCAUCUUCAUCUUCUGAUUCAACUGAUUCUUCAGAUUCAUCAGAUUCCUCAGAUUCUUCAGAUAGCUCAGAUGCUACCACAGCUGCUUCAGCAACCACAACUGCUGCUUGUGUUGAUGCUGUUUCAACUUGCUCAUCUUGGAAUGCAAAUGGUUUCUGUUCAAGUUCAUUCUAUACAACAGCUCAAAAAACAACAUAUUGCGCAAAAACCUGUUCACUUUGCACAUCUUCCUCAUCAUCAUCUUCCUCUUCUUCUUCAACUUGCACAGAUGCAUCAUCAGCCUGUUCUUCAUGGGUUUCAAAUGGUUUCUGUACCAGCACUUUCUACACAACUGCACAAAAAACAACAUACUGUGCAAAAUCUUGCAGUUUGUGCUAA